GCGCCAUUUUGUUUAGUGUCCGCUGGACGCGUCGUGCGUCAGGGUGUUGUGGGGUUGUUUUCAUGACCGUCAACGGGAAUAAAUUCGCGGCUCUCUGAGCUCGCUUAUACUUUAAAACGUAUAUAAUAGUGAUACUAUUUAAACAGUGAAAUACAUAUAUGUAUAUUUUUGCAUGAUUAUUGUGACAUACAAUACAAAGAUACAUUUCUUGAGAGAGUUGAAAACUCUCAUGCUUAUAGUGUUAGAUUCAGAUUUGCAAAAACUCUGCAAAUGCAUGGCGCCAGAUACAAGUUUAUGGAUACUUCGUAAGAAAUUGCGACUGUCGCCGUCACCGUCGACAGAUAUUUUUUAUAAAGAAUUGAAAUAGAAAAAAAUAAGAAAUCAUGCGCACUCCCGCUGAAACAGAAACACUGUCUCAACCUGAGAUGUACAAAUUUGAACCUCAGGAGACAGAAGCAUCAUCGGGAGUUAAUCAAGUUGUUUUGUCACCUUCUCAUCCAGAAGCACACAUAUUUACUAAUAGCAUGUUAUGUAUCCAAGAAGAAUUAGGUCAGUUGAGUGGAAUUGCAGGAGGUCCUAUUAUUCCUGAUUCACGUGAUGCUCAAUUACCUAUUAACAAUCAUAGCAAUUCGGAAAGCAAUAGUAAUUCUAGUGAAACAGCAACAAAAUGCACUCCAGUUUCUGGAACUUUAGAUGCACAAAGAUCGAGUUGGGUGGAAGGUAUAUUAGGAUGUAUGCGUCCAGUUUGGACUAUGCUUUCAAAGGCAGCGGUAAAUGAAAAAAUUAAAGGACAUCAAAAUGAUUGGGAAAUACCAUUUGAAUCAAUUAGUGAACUUCAGUGGCUUGGAUCUGGAGCUCAAGGGGCAGUAUUUAGUGGAAAAUUAAAUAAAGAAGUUGUAGCUGUAAAAAAAGUACGGGAACCACGUGAAACUGAUAUACGGCAUUUGCGAAAGUUAAACCAUCCAAAUAUUGUUCAAUUUAAAGGUGUUUGUACACAAGCACCAUGUUAUUGUAUAAUAAUGGAAUUUUGUCCAUAUGGACCACUGUAUGAUCUUCUUAGAGCUGGUGAACCAGUUCCACCCCCUAGAUUAGUGUCCUGGUCAAAACAAAUUGCUGCUGGAAUGGCCUAUCUUCAUGCACAUAAAAUUAUACAUAGAGAUCUUAAAAGUCCAAAUGUAUUAAUAGGACAAGGAGAGGUUGUAAAAAUUAGCGAUUUUGGAACUAGUAGAGAAUGGAAUGAAAUUAGUACAAGAAUGAGUUUUGCUGGUACAGUUGCUUGGAUGGCUCCAGAAAUUAUUCGAAAUGAACCUUGUUCUGAAAAAGUAGAUAUAUGGUCAUAUGGUGUAGUAUUAUGGGAACUUUUAAGUGGAGAAAUACCUUAUAAAGAUGUGGAUUCUUCUGCAAUCAUUUGGGGUGUAGGCAAUAAUUCUCUUCAUUUACCAAUUCCUGCAAGUUGUCCAGAAGGAUAUAGGUUACUUGUAAAACAAUGUUGGGCUGCAAAACCACGUAAUAGGCCUUCCUUUAAACAUAUUGAAAUUCAUCUCGGUAUUGCAGCGGUUGAAGUACUAUGUACUAAACCUGAUGAUUAUUUUAAGACACAGCAAUCUUGGAAAAAAGAAAUUAGAGAUCAUAUGAAACAAAUGCAGACAAAUAGUUGUAGCAGUCCAAGAUUUGAAGCUGAUCUAAUUCGACGACGUGAGGAUGAAUUAAGACAUGCUCAAGAUAUUCGAGAACAUUAUGAACGGAAACUUGAACGCACUAACAAUUUAUACUUAGAAUUAAGUGCUGUUUUAUUGCAAUUAGAACAACGUGAACGAGAUGUAAUUAAACGAGAACAACAAAAUGGAUAUAAGCAAUGUAAGAAACGACUUGUACAUCCUCUUUUAAAGGCUCAAGAAAGACUUCAUCGUAGACGUAAUCCUCAAUUUUCGACGUCAUCUACUCCAACAACUCCACCAUCUCCAACAGAUUGUCCACAAAGUCCUAUAAAAGCAACUAUGUAUACACAAUUAAAUGAAUCUAAUCAACCAGAAACAAUUUUAGCCCCUAAUAAUAGUUUUAAACAACGCAAAUAUAGGCAUCGCAGGGUAGGAUCUGGUUGUGGUGUAAACUCUAGUCCACGAUCAAGUCCUCAUCGUGAAAGAAAAAGCACAGAAGUAUGUGCACGUUUUGUUGACAAUCAAACACAAACAGAUAUAAUGGAUAUUAAUGAAACAGAUUUUAAUCCUGUUGAACGUACAACAAUUCCAUCAAUAGAAAAGCUUUCUGUAAAUAGUCUUAAUAAACAAGCAUCAUUAAAUAAACAAGCAGCAGAGUGUUUAAAUGGAAAUUCAGUUUUAUCCGAAGCUCAUUAUAGAAUAGAAUCUAGUCCAUGUUCCAGUCCUGAACCUUCAAACGAGAAUCGUACAAAUGGAAAUGAACGUUUAAAGGACUGUAGCGAUGAUGAUAAUCUAGAAACGCUUGGCCGAAAAGUUAGUGAAAUUAUUAAUGCUAAUCGUCUUAUUUCUUCUAUAGAUAAUGGAAAUUGUGAUGAUAUAAUACAACACAGAAGUAAAGAAGAAUCUAUAAAGUUACCUGGACAUUUUUGUGGAAUAAUUAUUAACAAUACACCACAAGAACAAUCAGAAAAUAAAACUCGACCUUGUUCCGAAAGUAUGGAUACUUUGUGUGAUCGUGAAGAUGAUGCAUGUGAAGAAAGUUGGUCAGAUGAAGAGGGUGAAGAUCCAAGUUAUACAUAUAAUUAUUCUCUUAGACGAAGAAGCAUUGCAAGAAGACCAAUUGGUCCUGGAUGUAGAUUAAGAAGAUUUAAACAUGCAACGGUACGAAUAGAAGGAGUAUUAGCUUCUGAUGAGGAAAAUACUUCUGAAUAUUCACAUCCUCCGUCCAGUCAAUCCUCUACGUUAGAAAGUAAUCCCGAUAUGCAAAGAGUAUUUCGUAAUAUUCACUAUUCUCAUAAGAGAAAAGAAAUAGAUGAUGUUUCUGAUACAUCAAGUCAAUCAGAAACAGAUGAAGUCAGUGAGAUUACAAUUGCAUCUCAACCAGUAGAUGCAAAUUUAAAAAUAGAAAGUAGUGUAUAAAUUAACAAAUUUUUUAUAUUUCAUUUUCGAGUGAUAUAUUACAGUACCUAAUAGCCAGUGCAUUUUUGUAAUGUAUGUUUUCAUCCUGUGUUAAAUAUUGUAGAUAUUUAUCGAUUUAAGAUAUGUUAGAUAUAUAUGUACAUUAAUUUUGCAUUAUACAUUAUUAUUAAUGAAAUAUUAGAUGCAAUGCAUUAUUUAUCAAUGAAAUAUUAGAUUAAUAUUAACGAAAUAUUGAAUAGUUACUGAAAAAAGUUUGAAAUCACAUUCUAAAAUAAAAUUAGAGUUAAAUUUUUUUUUUUUUUGAAGUUUAUUAUUCAAAUUCAAUAAUUGAAUUAAUUUAAUGAAAAUAUAUUUUCUAUCAUUAUUUAUGAUAUAAAUUAUUCUACAGAAAAUGGACAUUUAAAUCAAUAACUAUUUUUUCUAGGAAAAAUAUUAAGAUAUAGAUUUAUAAUAUUUUCGGAAAUUAAAAUUUAUAAAAACAUGUUAUUAUAUAGCAUUAUUUAAUGACAUGUUAUUAUAUAGUAUUAUUUGUAAAUAUAUGCACCUCAUGCUUUCAUACGAAAAAAGAAAAAAUUAAUACUUAAAAUAUUCAUUCCAUUAUGUUUUACUUUAUUUUAUAGUUCCUUUUAGUAAAUUUAGAAUUUUCAGCUAAAUAUGAGUUUAUUAUCAAUAGUAGCAUUUAUUUCAUAUAUUAAUAAAAAUUAAUCAAUUAAUGAAUCAAUCAUUCCACAAUGAAUGCAAUAAUUGUAUUCAUUUGUACUUAUAAAGAAACUCUACAGUAGUGUAGGACCAAUUAAAAAAAAUAAUAAACUCAUAUAUUAUAAGAUAGUUUGAAGAGAAGUUUUAUAUAGAAAUACAAUAAAGUCAUAAAAUAAUAAAUGUUGUAUUAGAAAAACAAUUUCAAAAAUGAUUUAAAAAAUAUGUAAUGGAAUGACAAUUAUUAAAUAAAUGUUACAACAUAAGUGCCUAUGGCAAUUUUCAUAAAAUAUACCAAAUAAUGACUAUUAAAAUAAAAUAACAAAAUUUAAUUAUUAUGUGCAAUAUGAAAUAAUUAAGCUUGUAUUAAUUGGAAAUCACAUCAGUACAAUAAUUUUUCAACUCAACAAAUAUUCCAAUAGAAUUAAAUUAUAAAUAACAUGAGGUAUUGCAUUAAAAUUUUAUUGCAAUAAAGUCAUUAAAUAUUUUUGAUGCACUAAAACUUUUACCAAUAAUCUUAUUAUAAAAUAUAUUAAUGUACUACAUGUCACAAAUUUUAUUGUUUCAUUUCUUAAUUAAUAAAUGGAAACAAUCUAAUUUAAUGACUAUGUUUAAAAAAAUUAAUAUAAGUAAUAUUAUAAUGUAGUCAAACAAACAAUGCAGGUUGUCUGAGUUUCAAACUGAAACUCUUAAUAGUAUUGGACUGUAUGUAAAAGUCAUACUCAUUCUUUUAAAUCAAUAACAAUAAGUAUAUAGUAUUUACAUGCAAAACUAAAAUAUGUUAACUCAAUUGUCCAAAGUACUGUUCUGCAUCCAUCUAUUGUACCUGCUUUGAAACUCAAAUUGCCUUAAUGACAAUUAUACAUUGUAUAUAUAGACAAUACAAUAUAUGAACUUAAGAAAAUAGCAGCUAAGAUAUAACAUUAUAUAUCUAACACGUGCUCAUUGGACGAAAUAAUUAAUAAGAUAUACAAAGAUGUACUUUAUAAUAAUCAUAUAUAUCUAUUAUAUUUAUGCGCGUAGUUGCAUAAAUUGUUCCUUCUUGUGCAGUGGCAGCUAAACUGAUUAGUUCUAUUAUUCCUUAAUAAUAAAUGCGAUACACAAAAUUUGUGUUAUAAACAAAUAAAGUUGAUUUACAAUAAUUGAUUUACAUAAUUAAAUGUUUAAUUAAUAAAAUAAUAAUAAAAAUCUUAAGAGCAUGAUAUAAGUUAUUCGAUAAUUCGAUUUUGUUAAAAUAAAAUAAAAGUUCUUUUAUAUAAGAUAGAAA